CAUGCGCAGCUGCUUCCUGGCUGCCGAUCCUGCUGUCAGCAUGACAGGAGCCUAAAAAGCCACUUUUAUUAUCAGUUUACUGGAGAACAAUGACUGCCACGAUUCACUGGGAUUAAAAACUGCUUCAUCUCUGGGAAAACCGAAGAAUCCGCCGUAAGUCUUUGUUCGCAGGAUGGCGGGAGUGUUUGACAUCGACUUGGAGACGGAGGACGUCAGCGACGCAGAGGCUAAAAUCGUGUGUAACGCUAAAGACACAGCUCACACCCGAGCAGAGCGGGAGAUCCUGGAGAAAGUGAGGCACCCGUUCAUCGUGGACCUGCUGUAUGCCUUCCAGACCGGCGGGAAGCUCUACCUCAUCCUGGAGUGUCUGAGCGGAGGAGAACUCUUCAUGCAGCUGGAGAAGGAGGGGAUCUUCAUGGAGGACACGGCCUGUUUCUACCUGGGAGAGAUCAUUCUGGCCCUGGGUCACCUCCACUCCAGCGGGAUCAUCUACCGGGACCUGAAACCUGAGAACAUCAUGCUCUGCCACCAAGGUCACAUCAAGCUGACGGACUUCGGCCUCAGCAAGGAGUCCAUUCAUGAUGGGAGCGUGACACACACGUUCUGUGGCACCAUCGAGUACAUGGCUCCAGAGAUCCUGACCAGGUCGGGUCACAACAAAGCCGUGGACUGGUGGAGCCUCGGGGCCCUGAUGUACGACAUGAUGACCGGCUCGCCUCCGUUCACGGCUGAAAACAGGAAGAAGACCAUCGAUAAGAUCCUGAAAUGUAAACUCAACCUUCCUCCAUAUCUGACUGUYGAUGCCAGAGACCUCAUCAAACAAAAACAUUCGUUCUUUAAACUCAUGAACUGGGACGACCUUCUGAAGCGGAGACUGGAGCCUCCGUACAAACCUCAGCUGCACUCCGAGGAGGACGUGAGCCAGUUCGACACCAGRUUCACCCGCCAGACGCCGGUGGACAGUCCGGACGACUCCACGCUGAGCCACAGCGCCGAGCUGGCCUUCGCCGGGUUCUCCUUCGUGGCUCCGUCGGUCCUGGAGAGUCUGAAGGAAGGGUACUCCUUCGAACCCAGAUCUCGUCACGUGCGGCGCCACAACAGCAGCCCGCGCACACCUGUCAGCCCCAUGAAGUUCUCUCCUGCCGGACCCUUCAAGUCGGCUCCGGAGRGCGAGCCGGACCUUUUCUCCCCCACGUCCCCCCCGGCGGCUCCCUCCCGGGUCCCACUGGAGAACGGACCCACCACCCAGCCCAUCAAGACGCCAUCCAGGAACAAGAAGAAGAAAGGACACCAGAGAUGAAGGUGGCUCAGGUCUCGUGUUGUGGGGUUCCGCGGCUCCUGACCCGGCUCUGCUGACCCGGCUCUGCUGACCCGGCUCUGCUGACCCGACUCUGCUGACCCGACUCUGCUGACCCGGCUCUGCCAAGCGGUACUGGACCGGAUCAGGUUAUUUAUCAAGCUUUAGUUGAUGUGUUUUGGACAAAGGAAAAACUUAAUUCUAAUUUCUCUAAGAARCGCUCCUGAAGGGCGGUCAGGGUGGGGUUGACGGGUGAAAUCCCAGCCGGGGGGCAGUUAUUAGAGGUUUUUGGUGUAGUUAGUCCCUGGAAGGCUGACGGUUAAUUCCAGCACCGGUGACGGACGGCUUGAUUGAACUUUAGAUUAUUUCCUGCAGAGCUUAAAAA